AUGGGCUCUGUUUUUGGUGGGUUGGCAGGUUCUGAGGCGCGGACCAGCCCCGACGGAGAGCUGCCGCCGCUGCCCGCCUUCCGCGGCCCGGAGCCCGGGCGCGGUCCCGAGCGCCCCGCGUCCCCCGAGGUGUUCACCGUGGGAGCCCGGACCUUUUCCUGGACGCCCUUCCCACCGGCCCCGAGGGGAGGCGGGGGCCCAGGCCGUUCCUACCGGGUGCUCCUUGGGGCCCGGCGUCGCUCGGGGUCCCCCUCCCGGUCCCCUCAGCGACGCCCCGGGCCUGAGCCCCUCGCGACCCCCGGCGUUCGGGAGCAGCUGCGGGAGGCCGCGCCGACCCUGCGGAGCUGCCCGAUGUGCGCGGCCGACUUCGCCCCCAGUCUGGCCCCGCUGGACAUUGACAGCCACCUCGCUCAGUGCCUGGCAGGAAGCGCGGAAGAAGUGGUGUGGUGAGUCGACAGCCCUGUGAGUCCAGCCAAGCGGACGCCCAGACUCCCCCUGCCCGAACCGUGUCCUCCCCGCUUCGGCAGCCGCAGUAAACGUCGAUGUGGACUCCGGUGUUGUGUGUUUGUAUCGGGAGCGAAACACGGGCCCCUUUGUCUUUUCGGGUUACGCUAAGGCGAGUGCUCGCCUACCGUUCGAACUGGCAGAGCCGCUCAGCAGAGGGACGCAGGCCCAGGUAGAGGAGCUGAGACUCGGAGCAGAACCGGCCGGGUCUACAGACGGGCCGUCGGCGGGGUAGUGCGUUUUCCUGCCUCCAUGGACUGCACUCGCACCCGGUUUUAACUCCCCGAUGAACUGCUCCUUACGCGGGGCAGGCCGCCGUGAGGCGCCCGCGCAGCUCAGCGACAGGCAGGCAGGGACAAGAGGGAGGGACCGGACCAGGCGCCACGGGCAGCGGGCAGGCCAGUCUGCAGCCCGCCCUAGCCAGGUGGUGUUCGGGCUUCCCAGGGCAAGUAGAUGAUGGGGCACAAGAGCAUUUAUAGGUAGUUUUCCUUCCAGUGCUGCUGGCCCACAGAUUCUGGAAGAGCUGGGCUUUGGUGGCAUCCACCGUGGCCGCAGAGCAGUGGCGGCAGGGAGCGGGUCACGAUCCACAAAGAGACCGUGGAGGAACCUAACUGCACGUGACCAAGGGAAAGACGCCUGUCUGCAAAGACCGCACGCUUUAUGACCCUCGCUAUAUGGGCUUCUGGAAAAGGCAGAACUGCAGAAAUAGUGAAGAGACCAGUAGUCGCCAGAGGACGGGCACACGGGACUUUUGGGGCAGCGAGGCUACGUCACGUGAUCUGCACUGUGGAUACAGGGCCCCAUUUUGUCCAGACCGCGCUCUGCACCCCCAAGACGUGAACCCGGCAUCGUGGGGACGAUGACGUGUCGGCCUGGUUCAUCCACGGUCACAUGUGGCCCCUGGGAGGGGAGAGUGACGGUGGGGGCAGGGGCACGUGGGAAAUCUCGGCAGAUGGCCUGCGACUUUAUCAUGAACCUAAAACCGCUUUAAAUAAAGGCUAGUUUUUAAAAACGCCUUCCAAA